CGCCUGCCGACCAGACGCCACGUGCUCGCGCCGCGCGCGCGCGAACAUAUCGAACUCAAAUACGAUCGCAACUUUGACUACCUCUGCACCUCAACUAAAUUCGUCCAGAAUAAAUUUCGUAGAUUAGUUUCAUUUCUGAGCACAUUACUACUAUAAAUAACGUCGAUAAUGAUGAGUUAACAACUUUUUCCAACGGUUUCUAAAUUUCGAUCUGGGGGAAUAGAGGUUGAUUUAACGUUAAAAGUGUCGGACCGUUCGGAGUCAAUUGUGAUUACAAUGUAUCGUUCCAUUCAUAUAGAGUGGGUUUAGCGUGACAUUAAAGUUGGACUGUUCCGAUGGAAACGAUGCUAGAAGCGUUCAGGCCGGUCUCAUGAGGGUGAAGAACAUGAUAUUGAAGAUGGGCGGAAAGUCCCCUCCGGGCGCCAAAGUGGCUCCGGAGAGCCAGAGUCCUUUAAGGAAAGAAGAAAAAACAGAUAAUAAAAAAGAGAAGAAGACAAAAUGGGAGAAAUGCGAGCACCGCUGUCCGGGGGACCCGUGGGUGUACUGUGCAGUGUUGUGGUGUGCGUGUGCCAUGAGCCUGAUCUCGAGCGGGUACAGCUUGUACAAACAGCAAGCCCUGCAGGAGCGGCUGGCUCUGCUAGAAGAGCAGCACGUAGCGCUGCGCAGCGCUGUACUUGAGCCGCAGCAGCCACUGGUGGAGAGGCUGCGCCGCGAGGUGCUUGCUAGACCGCCGCCUACUUACUGGAGACCACGGCGGAGUAUCAGGGACUACGGAGACUGCUUAUGUCCACCAGGGCCGCCGGGUCCGCCGGGCAAGCGAGGCAAGAAGGGCAAGAAGGGAGACUCGGGCGAGCCCGGACCACCGGGUUUAACGGGCGCCUCUGGGAAAAAUGGAUUUCCGGGGAGCAAGGGCGAGAAGGGCGAACGAGGUUUCAUGGGACCAAUUGGGUUAGAUGGACCGAAAGGUGACCCAGGCCGACCUGGCGACAAAGGCCAGAAGGGUGAGCACGGCAGCCCCGGUUUUGACGUAUUCUCUGCCGUCAAGGGAGUGAAAAGAUCAGUGGACAACUUUAAAAUCAGUCCAUACAACACCGCCGAGAUCAUAGCAGUCAAGGUACCCCUCACCCCCGUUCGGGGAACUGCUUUUGAUGGAUAUUGUACUUUUUGUUUUGGAAAUUUUACCACCUCGAUUCUAAAAGGCCUGCAGGCGGCCGGACACAACAUCUCCGCCAACACCGUCAUCCAACUCAAGGGCGAACCGGGAGAGCCGGGCCCGCCUGGACCACCAGGUUCUCCGGGCGUUGAAGGGCUGCCGGGUCACGACGGCCGUCCUGGUCCCCCGGGUCCACCAGGACCCGCCGGUACCGCUGGACCUAUCGGUCCGCCGGGACCCAUAGGUCCACCUGGCCCCCCCGGACCUCUUGGACACAAGGGUGACAGGGGCGACAAAGGCGAGCGUGGCUUCACAACGACGCUGAAGGGCGACGCUUUCCCCACCGGCAUCAUCGAGGGACCACCCGGACCGCCCGGCCCGCCCGGCAAACUAGGCGAGAUGGGUCCACGCGGCCCACCCGGCCUAGACGGGCUCAACGGUGAAUCGGGUGUGCAGGGCCCCCCCGGCAAACCAGGAGAAAUGGGCCCCAAGGGAGAGAAGGGUGACUAUGGAGAUAUGGGUUCGCCAGGCAUGUUGGGCGCGCCAGGACUGCCGGGCCCGCCCGGGUACCCCGGCCUCAAAGGGGAAAAGGGUGACAAAGGCGAUUCGAAGUACCGGAAGCUCAGGCGGCGUCAGAACUUGCAGGGCGACGGCCCGGGGUACGAGCUCUACGGACAUGAAAUUAUGAUGGGUCCCCCGGGCGCGCCGGGUCCCGCGGGCGUGCCGGGCGUCGCGGGUCCACCCGGCAUCAAGGGCGACAAAGGCGAACCAGGCACACGCGGCAAACCGGGAGACAGAGGGGAAAAAGGAGACGCCGGUCCGAUGGGGCUGCCGGGCCCCGUGGGGCUGCCGGGCGAGCCGGGCGUGGUGGGCGCCUCGGGGCGGCCGGGCGACGCCGGCCCCAGGGGCCCGCCUGGACUCGACGGCAUGAAGGGCGCGCAGGGCGAGCCCGGCUCCAAGGGCGAGAGAGGCGACCCCGGACUGCCCGGAACGGACGGCAUACCUGGACAGGAGGGCCCCAAGGGCGACAAAGGCUACAAAGGAGAACCCGGCCCGGCGGGCAAGCGCGGCCGCAAGGGCGACAAGGGCGACAAGGGCGAGCAGGGCGUGCCGGGACUGGACGCGCCCUGCCCGCUCGGCCCCGACGGGCUGCCGCUGCCAGGCUGCGGCUGGCGACCCACCAAGGACUCGGCGCGAGAGGCGGCGAGUGCGGCCGCGGGGGGAGCCAACGCGGGGGUGCUGGGGGGAGGGGUAGAAUCGGAGGAGGAGGACCCGGGAGAGGAGUACGACACGCGCGACGGCGAAGAGGAGCCCGAGGCGCGCGAUUACGACGACUAUGCCGAAAAUGCGCACGUCGCACGCCACCGCGACUGAGACUGCGAAGCCACGCUCCUCUUACUGCUUCCCUCCUAUUAACUAAAUACCUUGUGUGAUCUCACCGGUUUCCGAAUCCGAAGCGGCUCCGUCGCUAUGGACGUCAAUGUUAAGGUUUUUGUAAAUAUCUACUCUCUUUUGUUUUAACUUUUCAAAGACUGUAAGAGUCAGAAUCAGAAAGAUUUACUAUUAUAAAAUCAUUCUUCUCCAAUAAAUGUGGUUGAGUAACGAUAGAUACCCACGGUCAGGUAAAAACAAUGUAUGCCGAUGUGCCGUUUGGCGACCGACAUUUUUCGUGAGAGAAAUCGCGGCUAUUCGCGACUUGUGACGCGUUGCGGCACCCAAAGCGCGUGCGCAAUAUCAUAGAAAGUAGUUCUUCGGAACGCUAGCGAUGCGGGCUCGCGGAAGUGGAUCUCGAAUCCUUUUCAUCUCCUAUCCAUCCCGACGGCGGCGCGGUCGACCGACACGGGGCUGAGAGCAUGCUGGAGUGGGUGCGGCGCAGGCUUGACCUCGACAAUGACCUGCAUACCUGAGCGCCGCGCAUGCCGUGCCACAGCGACAUCGCUGCUACCGCCGGAAGCCGCAGCUAGCUACCGGCGACUACUGCCACCGCUAGUAACAAUUGUGCACGCUUCCUCCAGCCACAAAAAGUCAAACCACAAAGUUGUGCAUUUUAGAAAUUCUGUGUGCUUAGUGCACUAUGUGAUCGCUAAGUUCAUGUCUAAAUUGAAAAAUAAUUCAUAUAACUAAGAUAACUAUAAUGGUGGAUUAUCCACGACUUUCGGUUUCUAGUAAGUACAACACAAAUUAGUUAACUCAUAUCGUCAUAAACAGCCGUGUGUAUUUAUGACAAUCUGGUUAACUAAUUUGUGUAUUUUGCCCGACUAAUUGGAAGCUGAAAAAGCAGAUAGCAAAAAUAAAUAUCAGUCAAUUAAAAUAACGAAUGAAUAAGUUAUAAUAAUGAUACGCAAAUUUAAAUUUAGAAAGUCAUCCAGUAGGUUCUCCAAUUUUGAAGUAAGAAGAUCGAAAUAUGAAAUUAAUUAAAUGUACAUAAAUGAACAUUUAAUGAAGUAACUACAGCCGAAAAGAAUAAUAACAUGGAUUUGUACUCGUUCAAGGUAACGCAACGCACUAAUUAAUGAGCAUUAUAGAUCGAUAUAUAUAAGGUCUAUCGAGACCGACUGUAGAGCAAAAGAACGAGCAGCGGACUAAGCUUGGAAGGCGAAAUGCACAAGGACCUCAGCCCGUGUUGCACGAUGGCGGAAACGUAUCUGUAAUUGCAAGCAACACAAGUCCAUCGCUACUCGUCAUCGCCUCAUUCUGUAGCAAACGUUUUGAUACAAACGUGUGACCGAGUAGCAAAUUUAGCACAUUUUUAGAUUUAGAUUAUUAGCCAUUGUUAUGUAUAAAUUACCUUUAAAAUUGUUUGUGAUCUUACUCACUCGCUAUUUCGCCGUUACACCACAGUGUUUGUAUGUACUAUAAACAUGUACUAUUUUUUUUUGGAUCUUGUAAAUAGUAUGGUGAUAAAGUCGUAUUAAGUCUCUUAGUUAUGUAAGUAGAUAGUUCAUCGUUUAUGUCCAGAUGCACAACGAAUGGCACUUGACGUCAUCCUGGUUACAAAAACCAAUACCUUAAUAUUUUUUUCGUGAAAUGUCAACUUGUGAAAUAGUGAAAUAUGUUUUUUAUUGGCCGUUGCGAACGGAUAUGUAUAUAUGUUGUAAAUAUAGGCUAUUGUCCUUCAAAGCAGGUCAUUUACACCACAUUGAAAUAUAUUCCUUUGUUUGCAAGUCGUGUUUCUGUCACUGCUUCUACCUCUCCUCCGUCACAUCCGUGCGCACUUACAUUUACGAAAA